AAAAGAAAACAGAAACAAAGAAAAAUAAAAUUAAACAAAUAAGAAAUAUUAGCGUAUACAGUGACAUAUAACGGCUGAGAAUAUAUUCCCAUUAAGUGUCUAGUUGCCUAUUGCCUGUGUAUGACUAACUCCUUUGGGGUGUUGUCCUUCUCCUCCAUAUUGCUUAAACAAUAAUGGUUUUGGAACAACAACAACAACAACAGCAGCAAUCAUUACCACAACAUCAAUCACCCAGUGCAACACAUUCACCUACCCAUCAUCCAUCGCUAACUUCAUUACAUCACUCACCGCUGGGUCGACAAUUGUCGCCUGCCGCUGCCACCAACUCCGCCGGCAAUAGCAACGGUGGUGUUGUGGCGCCCAACAUGCCGUCGGAGGCUUUACAUCCCACCGCCGCCUUACAGCUGUAUGCGGCUGCCGCUCAAUUGGCUCCCGGCGGCGUUAGAGUACCGCCUUGGAAUCCCUUUCUGCAAUUCGGGGUACCCGGUGUCUUUGGAGGUGCACCAUUCCUGGGACGCCCUCGCUUUGAGGCCAAUGGUCCUCAAAAUGCCGCCGCUGCAGCCCAAAUGGCCGUCAAUGCCAGCAAUGCAUUUGCCAAUUUGACCGGUCUAAGUGCAGCCAUGAGAAAUGUUUCCGCCGCCCAGACUACCGCAGCGGCGGCAGUGGCCUCUGCGGCCAUACAACAUCGUCUUAUGAUAGGAAAUCGUCAAAAUAUGCCACCGACGGGACCACCUAGCGAAGGAUCCAAUGAGGAUGCCGGUUUCUCAGCCGACGGCGAUGAUGAAAGCAGUGCUGCCAAACGUCGACGUUCACGCACCAACUUCAAUUCAUGGCAGUUAGAGGAAUUGGAACGAGCCUUCUCAGCCAGCCAUUAUCCGGAUAUAUUUAUGCGUGAGGCUUUGGCCAUGCGUUUGGAUUUGAAGGAGAGUCGUGUUGCGGUAUGGUUCCAGAAUCGACGUGCCAAAGUUAGAAAACGCGAGCAUACCAAAAAAGGACCUGGAAGACCUGCCCAUAAUGCACAGCCACAGACCUGCUCUGGUGAACCAAUCCCGCCCAAUGAACUGAAAGCUAAAGAAAGAGCCCGCCGGCGAAAGAAACUUGCCAAGGCCAUUGAUCGACAAGCCCGCAAGUUACAAGCCAAAGGCAUUACCGUCGAUUUGGAGGCCCUCAAGGCCGAAUACAUAUCACAGCACAAGGCGAAUGGCACCUUUUCCGAUUCUGAUCUCGAAGAUGAUAGCAUACAAAUCGAUGUGGUGGGUGGCACCGAAAGCGAUGAUGAAUGUGAUGAUUUCGAUUUUCGCAGUCCGCGUGGCAGUGAUCUGGCCAACAACAGCUAUUCGCCCAGCGGCAGUCCCAAUGGCCUGGGCAGUCCCAUGUCCAAUGGUGGCGGCCUAGAUGCUGGGCGGGAGGAUGAUAACAACAGCAAUCAUCAAAUGCACAUGCAUAUGGCCAAUGGCAAUGAAGGUUGUGAUGUCAAACCGUUCCUGUUUCCCGGAAGAGCCACCAACUUCCAGAUCAAAUUGCAAAACACCUCCUCAUCAUCCUCAUCGCCCUCGCCGAAUCACCAGCAGACCUCACCCAUCAGCAUAAGACGCAGCAAUCCGUUCAGCAUAGAAUCGCUGCUGUUCAACAACACGUGAGUGCUGUAGCCCCUGGCAGAUGGCAUUAAAGGCUAGACAGACAGAGAGUUAGACCAAAAAGAGAACGAAAAACAAGGCUAGCUAGCAAGAUUAUCAAACAGCAAAAUGUGUGAGUUUUGUUGGCAGUUAAUCAAAUGGGCUACAAAUAAAUAGUUAGUUAAGACACUUACAUUUCGACUACCCUCAAAAGCAUCCCAGCAGACCACGCAACGCCUUCUACCAAAGAAACAGAGAAAGAGGAUACUCCUACUUCAGGCUUGUAUGACAAAUGGCGACUCAUUAACAUACCACAGUCAUUGUAUCAUGUGUUAAGUAUGGCUUAAAGCCCAAGGCAAAGAAAUGCAGUAUGACUUGGAGUUUAUAAGAGUUUGGUGCAGGGGGUAGUGAAGGGGAAGCAAGUUGAAUACGAGACAUAAUCAUUAAGGCUAAACAAACUUUUACCUACAACCAUGUUCCUUUUGUGUUUUUAGUUUUUUUUUUAACUGUGCAAGCAGCAAUCUUUAGUUGAAAGUUUAAAAUUUUUAUUUUAUGUUGUAUUAUUUUUUUUUUCACUACCACUUCAUUAAAAUUUUCUUUACCUUGAAUGAAGAAAGUUUUUGAAAAAAAAAUCCAAAACAUCAUCACAUAAUGAGAUAAUUGUAUUGCGUACUUCGCCAGCCACCACAUCGAUUUAAAGUUAUUGCCUUCAGAAGGUGAACCACUAACUCACUCACACUCACUUUGCU